AUGAAUUGUUUACUUGAAAUCAAAUCUGCUUGUACACCUGUAGAAAGUAUUAAAAAUAUACCUGAAAUUUUAAAAACUGUUUUUAUAUCUGUAGAUUACUUUUUCCAUAGAUGCACAUUUGAUGAACAUCUUUUAGAAUUCAGCAAAUUAACGCAAGACCGCAUCGUGGGAACAAAGGAUGAUGUUGCACAUAUAUACGACGUAAUGACAGGUACGAAGCUGAUGAAACUUUUUGAUCCAGAGAAAACCAACAAUUACUAUGCCAAUGCAGCUACAUUCUCUCCAACAGAUGAGCUGGUCUUGAAUGAUGGGGUGCUUUGGGAUGUGCGCAGCCAAAAGCUACUUCACAAGUUUAACCGAUUCAUCAGUGGUGUCUUCCACCCCAUGGGGCAAGAUAUUAUCAUUAACUCAGAAAUCUGGGAUCAGCAGACAUUCAAACUGCUGCAUACAGUUCCUGCUCUGGACCAGUGUCAGAUCAAGUUCAACCAUGCUGGGGAUGUCAAUUUUGCCAAUCGCAUUGAGGAUGAAAUGGAAACAAAUUUUGAAGAACUGCGAAUACAGUUUAGCUCCACUCUGAAGACUUUUAAUGCCACAGACUAUAGCAGCAUUGGCACCAUGGAUCUCAAGACACCAAGUAUCUUUGACCUAUGUAUUGACAAGUCUGAUUUCUGCCUAGCUGUUAUUGAGCAAAACACCCAGUUUACAGACGGUGGCAGUAAGAAGAGCAUCUGCCAUCUCUAUCAGACUGGCAAACUGCAGGAUGAAGAAGAUGAUGGGAUGAUGAUGAAAGCAAUGAUGAGAAGAAGGAUGAUUGAGUACAGGCCCAGCCACAGUGAAGAUGAUGAUGAUGAUGAGGAGGAGGAGGAGGAGGAAGAAAAUGACAACGAUGAUUUGGAUGACAUGCUUUUUGCUAUGGCAUAGAUUUGUUGUGAAGGGAUUGUGGGAGUUUGUUGUAACCUGUCACUCUUGAGGUUAGAUAUCCAGUGCUUUCAGACAGAUACUCAGAAGAUUCAGAAGAUUGCAUCACUAAAUGAUUUGGAUGGUAAUGAAGAUGAUGAUGAAAGGCAAUGAGGAUGACAAUGAGGAUGAUGGUAAUGGUGGUACGACUGAGUUCAUGCCUAUCAACAGUGAUGAAGAUGAUGAUCAGGAAGAUAAUGACAAUAAUGAUUUGGAUGAUGACAUGCUUUUUGCUCUGGUGUAGAUUUGUUGUGAAGGGAUUGUGGGAGUUUGUUGUAACCUGUCACUCUUGAGGGUAGAUAUUCAAUGCUUUCAAACAGGUAUUCAAAAGAUUCAUAAGUAUCUGCCUUAUUCCCGUAAGCCAGGAAAUUCUACCAAAAAAAAUGUGAGGCCCCCAAGACUCUGAUGAAGAAGUUGUUUUUGCACCAAGAACAUCUAAGGUUUCCACAUUUGAAUGUAAAAUAUAUUUUCUUUGUUCUGUGAGAGAAAUGGAUGUCUGUUGUAGAAACUUCAGGGAAAAAUGGAAAUAAUUUUUUUUCCUUGUAAUCUUAUUGCCUUUACACACCUAUAAUGUAUAGGAUGACAACUAUAAUAAUGUACUCACAUGAUUGUAAACAGAGAUUCCCUGGUAAUCUGAAUUAUAAAUUAUAUAUGAAAUAAAUUUUUGAGUUGGUGAGAACAUGAGAAAUGUAUAUAAAUAUUUCAGUUAAACAAUGAAGGCAUUAUGAAAUACCAGUUUCUGGUUGGUCAGUUGGUUUUACAUUGUGUCAGCAAUGAAGGUAUAGAUAUGUCAUGGCGAUAGCCCUUCCUUUAGAAAGUAAGUGUGAAUUAUGCAGAUUCAUGUGCAGUGGAGGGGGACGUCAUGUUUUAGUGGUUCAUCUUUAUUGUAUUGAAGACAACAUACCUUACAAAACUUCCAGAGUGUUAUGCUUUCCAAGACCACCAAAUCUGAUUUUCUUUCUCUCUUUUCCUCUGUCUUUUAUCCUAGUUCACAUAUUUUAUCUUAGGUGUAUAGAUUUGGGUUUGAAAAUAGCCAUUUCUUGAAUAUACACCCAAGAGAUAUUUUAUUAUUAUUUCUCUGUGAUUUCCCACCCCCACCCCCCAAAAAAAAAGACAGUGGCAAAGGAUAAUAAGAGGUUUUUUAAACUAAUAUUUUCGUCACCCAUGCUGCAUACUUGAAAUUUUGAUUUUUACAAUGAUAAAGAUUUAUAGAGCGCAUUUUCUCACAGUAGAAGAGAUCUGCAUGGGUUUAACCACACAUACACAUGGAUUCAAUAAAUUCACGUUGAGGAUCCCUCUCUCAUUGGAACACUUUACACAGAUCGAGUUCAGAAAAAGAAAAUUUACGAAACAUCGUCAAUAGUCGCUAAUAAAAAGAUAAUGUGUCGUCUUUCAGUAUGUUUCAGACAGAAAGGUGCAGUUGUUGCCAGUUGGCUUUAGCUGUUUAUUUCCUGUAUCAUCUACAAAGUCAUCGAUAUGGUGAAGCGCGCCGACAAUGAGAGGGUUGAGAAGGAGCGAUGAUCGCCGGGUAUUGUUUUCCGGUUGGCCCUGAUGACGUGUUGAGUGUUACGUUGCCGUCCGUGAUUGUACGUCAUUCUCCCCUCCCAACUCCACCCUCUUUCCCCCCCGUGCAGCCGCACGCACUCCCGGAAAGAGAGCCCCAGUUCACACGCUCUCGCCCGGAGAAACUGGAAGGAGCGGAAGUGGUUACCCCCACUCGCCCUGUCAUCGACCUCCUUGCGUCUCCCAGAAGGGACCACAUGUUUGAGUCCUUCGAACUGAAAUCUUUCCCUUCGCAUCCAGUCUGUACAUACCCCAUGCACUUCCAGAAAAAGAGGAAGUGCACCACAUUCUCUGUAGUUCACAGCUUGCUCACCCGGCCCUCCUGCCCCUCCUUUCUCUCUCUUCCUCCACUGACACAUUCAGACACGUGCUUGCACGACGUAUGAAGAGAAGGGAGGGAUAGUCAGAACUGUGAAAGAAAAAUGCGAUUGUGCAAUAAUGAACUCUUUCUCGACACACUUUUUCUCUCUGAAUAAUUUAUUCGAUGGAUAAGUGAAGCUCUUCUGAAGUAUAUUAAGAUCACUUGGAUACUAUCAUGUUCUUUUAAUACUUCCUAUUGAAAGAUAAUCAUAGUAAGAGUUCACUUACUACAACUUAUUUAAGGUUGACAAGUAUCAACAAUGUCUAAUCCUUUACUUGAUAAUUAUGAUAACCGGGGUUUUGUUAGAAAUAGGGGAUUUCGCAGCAUCCCGUCAUUUUGAAGUGUUGUAAUAGUCUGCUCACAAGAACAAAUGUUUUAUCAUUCGAUGACCGUCAGUUGCAGUUUUAUACCAGCGAAUACAGCUUCAGUCAGACGCCAACGACUUGCUUAUUACAGCGAAGAGGUAUCCUCUUUGGUUACAGUCUCAUAACAACGAAUACAGCUACGGUCUUGGACCAACGAGAAGCGUGACCUUUGCCCUCACUGCGCAAUAGACCCGUUUGCGGUCAGUCAGUUGAGUGACCACCGAUCCAGCGAUGCUAUGAAGUUGGGAAAUAACUAGCUUUGACCUAAGGGACAAUCUGAACAACACAUCUCGCCCGAUGCAACUUAACCUUCCGGAUGGACGAAACUGGAUAAGUCAUGAACUUUCUGAACUGCACUGUCCGUCCUUGAAAGUUCAACAGCAGCCACGUCAAGUUUAUCAGCUGUUCACUUCUUUUUGCGGAACCACUUAUUGCUCACUUCCUUCCGACUCCAACAAGUCAUGGACAUGUGUUCCUGCCAGGACAACGGACGCCACGCAUUUUCUGGCAAAGAACAAAGAAAGUCGAAGUAGAU